AUGGCAGUUUUCAAUCUACACUUUGUUGUGUUUUCUUUCUUUUGUCUGUCAAUAACCUCCCUUGCAGUCGAUACCCUUACUGUGAACCGAUCGAUCAAGUACAACGAGACCAUAGUUUCGGCUAAUGGGAGUUUCGAGUUGGGAUUUUUCAGUCCUCAAAGUUCCGAUAAUCAUUAUGUCGGAAUAUGGUGCAAGGAGAUACCUACCGGGACGGUGGUUUGGGUUGCCAAUAGAAACAACCCUCUCAAUGACACAAAUGGAGAACUGUUUCUUGCAGAGCAAGGAAACCUAAUCCUUUACAAUGGUACCAGAGGAAUUGUUUGGUCUAUAAAUUCAUCGAGAUCGAUUUCAAGUUCGAGAUCAGCUACCGAUCUUGUUGCUCAACUUUUGGAUACCGGAAAUUUCGUCAUCAAACGAAACGGAAACGGAAAUGUUGAGGAUUUUGUGUGGCAGAGUUUCGAUUAUCCAACUGAUACUCUUUUACCAAGCAUGAAGUUUGGGAUAGACUUGGCUACAGGCAUAAAUCGGUACCUAACAUCGUGGAAGAACACCAGUGAUCCUUCGACCGGUGACUACACGGACGGGUUCGAUUCAGAUGGACUACCGGAGGUUUUCCUCAAGAAGGGUUCAGAGAUUUUAUUCCGGACCGGACAUUGGAAUGGUUUGGGGUUUAGUGGCCUAUUGUAUCUAAAGUCGAGCACUAUUUACACAUUAUUUUGUUUCAAUGACGAGGAGAUUUAUUGCAAAUAUGAACUCAUAAACAAGUCAGUUGAUAGGAGUGUUUUAGCUCUAGAUGGUGCCUUCCACCGGCUCAUAUGGGACGAUCAAAACCUCAAAUGGCGGCCGUAUUUGAACGCGAUGACAGAUAAUUGCGAUAUGUAUGCGGUAUGUGGUGCACAUGGUAGUUGCAGCAUCAACAAUUCACCAACAUGUAGGUGUUUGAAAGGAUUUGUGCCCAAGUAUCCCAAUGAAUGGGAAAUAGCAAAUUGGGCGCAAGGAUGCGUCCGGAAUGUCCCGUUGAGUUGCGAAGUCGGAGAGGAUUUUAUCGAGUAUCCCAGAAUCAAGCUGCCUGACUCCAGACACUCUUGGUUCAACCGGACCAUGGAUCUGAAACAAUGCAGGGAUCGAUGCUUGGGGAACUGCACUUGCACUGCCUUCGCAAAUUUUGAUGUUAGGGAUGGUGGAAGUGGGUGCAUACUUUGGUUUGGUGAUCUCAUUGACAUUAGGGAGUUUGAACAAAAUGGACAGACUAUUUACGUUAGGAUGGCUGCCUCUGAAAUAGUUAAUUCGCAACAUGAUCCGGAGCAAGAAAACAUCAACGAGAGAAGGAAAUCAGAUUUGGAGGUACCAUUAUUUGAUUUCGAUACAAUAUGCAGAGCCACAAGCAAUUUCUCACCGCGAAAUAAGCUUGGACAAGGUGGCUUUGGAGAAGUGUACAAGGGAAUAUUGGAAAAUGGACAGGAGAUUGCUGUGAAGAGGCUUUCAAAGAAAUCAUGCCAAGGAAUUGUGGAGUUCAAAAAUGAAGUUUUAUGCAUCUCCAAACUUCAGCACCGCAACCUAGUGAAGCUUUUAGGGUGUUGCAUUGAGCCGCAUGAAAGAAUAGUGGUCUAUGAGUUCAUGCCCAACAAAAGCUUGGACUCCUUCAUAUUUGAUGAAAAGCAAAGCAUAUUGCUAGAUUGGCCUACGAGGUUCCAAAUCAUCAAUGGAAUUGCUAGAGGUCUUCUUUAUCUUCAUCAAGAUUCGAGACUUUGAAUCAUACACAGAGAUUUAAAAGCCGGAAAUGUACUACUCGAUUACGAAAUGAAUCCAAAAAUUUCUGAUUUUGGUUUGGCUCGGAGUUUCGGAGGAGAUGAGACCGAAGCCAACACACAUAGAGUGGUUGGAACGUAUGGUUACAUGUCUCCCGAGUACACGAUCGAUGGAUUGUUUUCAAUAAAAUCCGAUGUUUUCAGCUUCGGAGUGCUGGUGCUAGAGAUAGUAACCGGAAGAAGGAACAGGGGAUUCUCAGAUCCAGACCGCAAGCGCAACCUUGUUGGGCAUGCUUGGAGGCUUUUCAAUGAAGGUAGGUCAUUGAUUGAUGAAAGGACAAGGACAUCGUGUGAAAUAUCCGAAGUGUUGAGAUCGAUACAAGUGGGCUUACUAUGUGUACAACGUCGUCCGAAAGACCGGCCAUGCAUAGCGGCCAUGGUUCUUAUGCUGAGAAGCGAGAUUUCUUCAUUACUUCGGCCAAAAAAACCAGGCUAUUUUGCAGGGGGAGAUGUCUUCGAUAAAGAUGAUCCUUUGUCAACCAAUUUCCCCUUUCCUUCUAAUUCAUUGACCAUAACAUUACCAGGACCUAGAUAG